UUGAGAGCUAUCUUCUUCUGGGCUGUUUCUUAUAUAUAAGGGUUUCUCAGCUGCUUGUACAUGUUACACUUUGUCCUGUCGUAACCACAAUUCUCGGCUCUGCAGCGGGCGAGGAAGCAACCGUCACAUCGUCUUCACUCCUAGUAGUUAUACCGGCCCCACCGGAGCUUCGAUAUCAACAACCAUGUUGCAGAGUAUACCUGGACCGCAGCACAUCCUGAAAGCUCUGACGGGCUCUUUGGGACUCUCGACUGUAUUAGACCCAGAUCAUGAAGCUUCGCAAAACUCAUUUCAAUGCUCUAAACCGGAGUUGAGCUGUCACGCCCAGUACCAUGGCCAGAACACUUGCUGCUUCAACUAUCCCGGAGGGCAGAUGCUCCAGACGCAAUUUUGGGAUGCGGAUCCUGCGGUCGGCCCAGUCGACUCCUGGACUAUUCAUGGACUCUGGCCGGACUUCUGUGAUGGUGGCUUUGAUCAAUAUUGUGACUCAAAGAGAAGAUACAGCAACAUCUCCCUGAUCUUGGUCGACUCAGGCCGAGCCGACCUGCUAGAGUAUAUGAGUGAAUUUUGGAAAGAUUUCCGAGGCGACGACGAAGAUCUCUGGGAGCAUGAAUGGAACAAGCAUGGCACAUGUAUCAGCACUCUGGAAACGACCUGCUAUGCGGAUUACUAUCCGCAGCAGGAAGUCGUAGACUACUUCAACAAAACGGUCGAGAUCUUCCAGAAAUUGCCUACUUACCAAACCCUUGCUAAUGCUGGUAUCAUCCAAGAUACUCUAGCAAAAGCCCACGGCGCCGCCGUUACCGUCCGGUGUCGAAACCGUGCGCUGAAUGAAGUCUGGUACCACUUCAACAUUGCAGGUUCUCUGCAGGCGGGAGAUUUCGUCGCCUCUGAACCAGACGGCCUCAAGUCCAACUGCCCAGCCACAGGCAUCCACUACAUACCCAAGAAACCCCGCGAACCCUCCCGAACAACAGGCACUCCCUCGCAACCAACAAGCACCGGGAUUCCGUUUCAGGGUCGCGGCAACCUGGUAGUGUCAUCGAUGGGUGGAAGAAGAGGCUGUAUCAUCAGCCGCGGGAAGUGGUUCGCCUCUGGCACAUGCGCAACCUUCAAAGCGAAGAAGGUUACAGGUACGUUGCUCCAGGUAUCUGCAAGAACACCCAGCUAACAAGGUAAUCAGAUGACACGUUCACCCUGCAAUCUAGCAAGGGAAUCUGCGCAUUCGAAGGAGACGCUUUUAGCUGUGGCCCUCACGUCACUGCUCCAGAGGAGUUUUCCGUAAGUUCCAUUUGUGCCCUCCACUGACCUGCGUCCGCUGACGAAAUUACCACUGGUGCUACAGGUCCAGGAUGGCAAGCUCUCCUAUCACAGAAAUACGACCUUUUUCGCAGACAAGGCACCAAAAGGCCGCACACAGAGCACCAUCUUUGCUUCCC